AUGGAAGAAAAAAUUAAUACAGAUUCUAAAGAACAUGCUGUUGAAAUUUUACAACAAUUAAACGAAUAUCGUAAAACUGGACGUCAUUGUGAUUUCCUGAUCAAAGCUGGAUCUGAGGAACUUCCUGUUCAUAAGAAUGUUGUGUCGGCAAGUUCCGAUUAUUUUAAAGCAAUGUUAUCUCAUGAAAAUGUUGAAACAAAAUCUGGUGUCGUUGAAAUGAUAGAAUUUGAUGAAGUUUGUGUUAAAAAAUGUGUUGAUUUCAUUUACACUGGGGAUGCUUAUGUUGCCAAAGAAAAACGUGAAACACUCAUGGGUGUCGCUCACAUGAUGCAGCUGCAAAGACUUUGUGAUAGUAUCGCAAUUUUUCUGGAAGAUGAUCUUGAUCCUAGGUCGUUUUUUCAAACUAAAAAAAUUGCAAAUAGGUACAACUGUAAACAACUUGAGGAAAAAUGCAAUCAAUUUGCAUUGCAACGUUUUAUAGAAAUUGCCCAGUCUGAUGAGUUUAUGGAUCUUGAUGAAAAAUUUAUUUCAUUUCUGAUGGAAUCAAAGGAAACAAAAGCAAAAGAAGAAGUGAAAUGUAAGAUGUUGUUAGCAUGGACCAAACAUGAUAUUGAUGAAAGAAAAGAAUGUUUUCUUAGUUUGGUGAUGAAAUUUCAGUUGACAAAAAUGACUUUGUCAUAUAGGAGGUUUCUUGUUGUAAAUGAGCCAUUGAUGUUUGAAUCUGCAAAAUCUCUUCAGUCAUUGACUUUGUCAAUUUUAGACAGUCAUGGGGAUACCAGUUCAAAAGAUGUCAAUUUAACAGAGAACAAACAGCUUGUUGUUUUUGAUCAAACUUCUCAAAGAAUUCAUUCUUAUGUUGUUGAUGAUAAAACAUGGACACCAAUGCAAACCAUAGAUCAAGCAAUUAUACAGAAUACAUUAUAUUCUGCUGUAGUGAUGGAAUCUUACAUUUAUGUGAUUUGUAAAAAGGGAGCGUUUUAUAGACUUGAAUAUGCUGAAUCAAAUGCAAAGUGGGAACAAAUGACAAAUAUAAAUCUUAAGUAUGCAUGUGCAGUUGCACUUGAUGAAUUCGUUUAUGGUAUUGAAUAUGGAAAUUACUCAAGCAUUAUGGAAAAAUAUGAUCCAUCAAAUAAUAGUUGGACCAGACUAACAAACAAGUCAUUGGCUCUAGCUUGGGAAUCUUUGGUGGCUGCUGAUGGAAAGGUGUUUUGUAUUGCAGGAUAUUCUAAUCAGCAAUUUCAAGCAACAAACCAAGUUGAGAUUUAUGAUCCUGUCACAUCAACAUGGUCAAUGGAUAAUAGAUCAUUGGAUGAAGCAAGAAGUCAAGCUUCUGCAACUGCAACAGGGGAAGGAAUAUAUAUUAUGGGAGGUAAAAGUGUUAAUAAGAAUACUAUAAAUACUGUUGAAUUUCGUUCAUCUGUAACCAAAACCUGGAUGAUGUUGAAACCAAUGAAAAAUGCGAGAGCAGAGUUCAGCAGUUGUGUGAUUGAUGGGAAAAUUUAUGUCAUUGGUGGAAAUGGAAAUCCCGCAAAUAUAGAGGAAUAUGAUCCUGAAACAAAAGAAUGGGAAAUCAUUGAAACAAUACAAGGAAAAAAUAUUUUUCCAAGAGCAACUGUUGUAAUAUCUAUAUAACAUUGAUUGAUCUUAUUUCUGAGCAAAUAUGUCUCUCAUAUGCUAUACUGAAAAUCCCUGUAAACAUAUCUAGUUUUUUCCCAAAUUAAUUUUUAUCAUAAAAUGAUAACCCAUGGUAACUUUUUGUGCAUCAUAAUUCCAACCAAAUAAUUAAACGCUAUCAACUAUUUUUUCAUUUCAUCUUGUGUUCCAGUGUUGUAUUUCACCGUAAUUACCGGUAGCUUAAUGAAGUUUAUUAAAUUUUUUCAUACAUCCAUCUAUCUAGAAUGUGAUUGACAAUUUGAUUGCCUUGACUGCUUAAAUAUUACCCAAUAUUAUAAAGAAGUUGUUAUUCGAAUCUUAUAACUAGUUUAUCAUUUUCCCUAUUUUAUUAUUAUAAUAUCGAAUUGGUAAUGAUCAAGCUUUUAAUUUAUUAUUUUUUGACAUUUUCCAUUUUUUAUUAUCAUUCAAUUUUGUGACAUGCCCUAAUGAUGGUGUUUCAAUUUUUAUUGAUAAAUUAUGGUUUCAUAAUUUGAAAUCCUUUCAUUCACACUGCCCUAAUUGUUUUUGAAAAAUUCUAGUUGAUGUUAGUUCAAUACAACAAUUCUUACAACAAGAUUUUCAGCAUUUGAUAAGAAACGGCUUUAUUGUAUUUAAUAAUCAUUUCCUCUAGUGAAAAUUACUGUAUUUUUUUAAUUUUAUAAUCACUGCUUUCUCAAUAUAAUCAAUUCCCUAAUAUGCAUUUUUAAAUGGGAUAAUUGUUAUCUAUGCUUUAUAUUCAUGAAAUGACUGUUCAAUAGAUUUGUUGUUAUGAAUUAUAAUAUUCAGGCUAGUGACCUUACCAAGGGGCCAUUCCAAACAAAUGUUGAAUUUCAUCAAUUUUAUAAAGUGCAAUGAAAGUACCGUAAUUGUUUUGUAUUUUUUAUAUCAAAAGACACUUGAAUUUUAUUGGACUGCAUUCAUUUCAUGGAAAAAGUUGGAAUUCCACCCAGGUUUUUGAUGGUUUACACAAGAGGGCCUGAAAUGUAGAAAUUUUGAUAUGAUUGACAUUUUUUGUGAUGACUCGUAACACAAAGUGUUUGAUUGUCUGGUACAGUUAUUUCUUUUCAAAUAUAUGCACUGGACUUGAAAGUUAAUAAAGAUUAGGUGUUUGCAGUGCUGUAGGACAUGUCUUUGCCUAUUUAACGAUUUAUUGUUAGAAUUUUGAUAGAUGAUAGAGGCCGCUGUUCCGAAGCGGAAGACUAUAAAGUGGAAAAAUGUCCCAUAGUGUCACAUACAAUGUGCACAUUAUCGUCAUGGAUCUACAGUGUUACAUUGAGUUACUUGAGUGACACAUAAACGGGUCCUCCAGUCACUGCUCAGAAAAUAUUGCUGUACCAGCUCGACAAUCGUUCAAACCAUAUAAAACAACUGAUUGAACAGUGAUGCAAAACAUAUUGCUGGAGAUGUAAGAAUAUUGGAUCUCUCAGCGUGAAAAUUUUCUGGAAUUAUCCUGUAGAGUCACUUGGAUUAGCUCUUAUAUUCUUUAUCUUCCAAUUCAUACUUACCGGUACUUCACUAUACAAUACUUUUUGGGAGGUUUUUAACCAUGCUGUGAUUUGUUGAAAUUGUCUUUACAAGGUAUCCUAUAUCAGUUAAGUAGAUAAUUUGUUGAGCUAAGCAUAUAGAUUAUAGAAGUUCAUGGUUAAUUUGAUUGAGAUGGCCUGGGGUUUAUACCUGUGUAAUAUUUUGAUACAUAACUAUUUAUGUUUUAUAUAAUUUUAUUCAUAAUUUCCAUGCAGUAGCACUUCCAGUGGGAUAGUUAUGAACAACUGAAAUGUGACACUACUUUCACAUUAGCAAAAUAGAGUAUUAAAAUAUUGGCAUAAAUUAAAAUCUUUUAUGGUUAUUUGUAAAUGUUCCCUUUCUGUUACAUCUUAUUAACAUGAUUAACAUAAUACCCUUAUUUGAUACAUAUUGGGCAGACAAUAUUUGACUUCAUUCUUAACAUAGCUUCAGAAGUGCGAUUGUGUACUUAUUUGAUCCGGCAUUGCCUUUCGUUAUAAUUUCAUUUUUUUUUUAUUGUAAUCAUUGUUUUAUGAACCAAGGUUUAUUUGGGAUGAACUGUAAAGUCUAACACCUUCAAUUAUAAUUUCUCUAUUGUACAAG